AGGCCUCCCCCCCCCCCCCCCCCCCCAGACAGCCAUGAAGAAGAGCCGGGAGGACGAUCCGAACGCGGCGCCCGAAGCGGCGUCGCCCCGGGGCACCACUGAGAGCCUGGCCGUCGAUCCCGAUCCCGACCCCGACUCCUGCCCCCGGGGGGACCUCAGCUCGAUCGGCUCCGACUCCGAGAUCAACGGCUUCGUCAACGGGGACCAGAAGAUCGACAAGUACGGUUUCGUCGGCGGCGCUCAAUAUACGGGGGACCUGCAACACGAAGUACCCCCUGAAGUAUUGCGACAACGGGAAUCCAAAUGGCUGGACAUGUUGAACAACUGGGACAAAUGGAUGGCAAAAAAACACAAGAAGGUAAAACUACGAUGUCAGAAAGGAAUUCCACCCUCACUACGAGGACGAGCUUGGCAGUAUUUGUCAGGAAGUAAAGUAAAAAUGGAACAAAACCAUGGGAAGUUUGACGAAAUGGAUCAGUCACCUGGAGAUCCAACAUGGCUUGAUGUAAUAGAAAGAGAUCUGCAUCGCCAAUUUCCUUUUCAUGAGAUGUUUAUUGCUAGAGGCGGCCAUGGGCAACAAGAUCUUUAUAGAGUUCUAAAAGCAUACACAAUUUACAGACCAGAGGAGGGGUACUGUCAGGCACAGGCUCCAAUUGCUGCUGUCCUUCUUAUGCACAUGCCUGCUGAGCAAGCUUUUUGGUGCCUAGUUCAGAUAUGUGAGAAAUAUCUUCCAGGAUAUUACAGUGCUGGAUUGGAAGCAAUCCAGUUGGAUGGGGAGAUCUUUUUUGCCUUGUUGCGUAAGGUUUCACCAGUGGCGCAUAAGCAUCUUAAAAAAUACAAGAUUGACCCCAUCCUCUACAUGACGGAGUGGUUCAUGUGUGCGUUUUCAAGAACUUUGCCAUGGGUAUCUGUGCUGAGAAUUUGGGACAUGUUCUUCUGUGAAGGUGUAAAGGUGAUAUUUCGCGUUGGCCUCAUUCUGCUGAAAUAUACGCUUGGCUCCUCAGAAAAACUGAAGAAGUGUCAGGGCCAGUACGAAACCAUGGAAAAACUUCGCAGUAUUGAUCCCAGAUAUAUGCAAGAUGGCUUUCUUGUGCGAGAGAUAAUCGAACUCCCCAUCACAGAAAGAGAGGUUGAAAAAGAACAUUUAAUUCAAUUAAGGAAGUGGAAGGACACACAUGGUGACCUCAAGUACCAGCCUCCUCCUAGAUUGCAUGGUGCUAAAGCAAUCAAUGAGGCUGAGCCUCAUUCUCAUAAAGCAUUGGUACAGAUGCCUUCCAUUGUGAUACACUCCCCUCCUGUGUCUCCUGAUUCAGGCAGCAAUUCAAAGAAGAAAAAGGAUAAGAAAAAUUCAAAAGAACAAAAGAAAGAAAAGAAGAAACAGGAGAAAAAGGUGGGAAAAGUAGAAUCCAUGGCAAAUGGAUCUGCCCCUGAUGAGACCAAUAGAAUUUUAAAAGAUGAACAAAAUGUUACCCAACCAAUAGAUAUUGCAGAAGAGCUGAAACAAUCAUCGCUAAAAAAGGACUCUCAACUACCGUCUGAACUAAGUCUCAGCUCAGAAGAAACUGAGCAGGACACAUACUUAUGAAAUGAAUCACUCCAGUACUUGGAAAAAGAAUCAUUCGACAUUUGAAUCAUUCCAUAAGAUAACUGACUUUUAGAUGGCAAGGUGGAGCUAUUGAUGGUGUAUGUUUAUACGUAAUGCCUUUGACAAGGUGUGGUUAACAUGGAGUCUUUAAAUAUGAGAAGUUGGUACAAGUUUAAAAGUAUCGAAUUGUGUUUUCACUAUUUAUGUGAUUAAACAAUUCAGAGAACUGGCCAAAACUAGGAACAUAAAUUAUCAGCUAGUGAAACUAGUUUGGAAGAAUUUGCUUAAUAUGUUCAUCUUUAGUGAGUUUUUGUUUAACUCUUUAAACUCUAAUUGAAUGAAUUGUUAGCUGUCAUCAGCAGACUAAAUGUUUUUUUUAGGGGAAAAUGUAAAUAUUUUUACAAUAUUUUUCCAGUAAACCAUAUCCUUCUGUAGUCUUGUAAAGAUUUCUGCUCGGUUUCCAUUCCAAGUUAAGGUUGAUAUUUAUAGGACUUUAUUCCUAGGUGUUUCUUUGGUCAGAUACUACUCUGCUCCCAUUUCAUUUUGAAGUAACAGUGAAUUUCAGUAGCAAGGAAGAGAGAUUGAGCUUUUGCACAGAUUAGCUUUGACACGGAAGGUGUUCAUUAGAAUUAGUUGAAUUAAUUUAACUCUGCACCUGUGGUGGGGAAUUAAUUAAGUCAAACAGGUUUUUGGCUCAGAAUGGAUUAUGUGCUGCCAUACGUUUGUAUGAUUAAAACACUCUACACGUGUAUUCAUUUAUUUGCAACAUUUCUACUAUGUACAUAUAAAAUACAGGUGAGCAGAAGAAAUUGUGACUAGGUAUAAAUAUGCCCUUUAAAUGUUUUCCAUGCAAGUUGAGAAUGCCAUUUAUACUGUAGCAAGCAGGAUAGUUAACCAUGAUACCUUACAAACACAAUAUGUAUUUUCUAAUUGAACUUUCUAGCACUUUUUUUUCCUUAAUCUUGAGGAAUGUAAAUUUAAGCUGGUUUACAAGAGGUUUUGUGAAUCCUCUUGAAACUAUGACUACAAACCAGAGUUAUAGGUGUUUGCUGCUCUUGUAUAAUCCAGCUAUUUUGCUAUUUUUCUAUAAUUAUCAAUGCACAAUGGAUUUGCAGCAAUUGUUAAGGUAUUUAAGUGCUAUUAUAAACCCACUUAGAUCAAGUAAUCUUUCCUUUCUUAUAAUGUAAGGUGUAAGAGUACAAUACUAUAUAAUGCCUAAUCUUGGUGUUUUAUUGCUCUACAUUCCUUGAGAUUAUUAAAACCGCCAAAUAUAGUGAUGUGCAAACAUAAGAUUAAACUCUGGUCUGGCGUUUAGUUGAUGUACUUUUUCGUAUUUGAAGAAUCAUAAACUAUUUGUGUCAGUUUGUUAAAUGUGCAAUGUACCAUGAAAAUACUUGCAGCUUAUUGAAUAUUGUCUAAUUCGAUGUGGCCAUGUAGUGUUAAGUACCAUAGGCAUAACAUCAUUAGUUUCUGUGUUACCCUACAAAUUGCUACAUGCGUCAAUGAGUUCAUCUAAGCUACACAGCUUUAUUUUAUCUUGCUGAUGCCAUGGAUUCACAAUGAAAUCAAUAAAAUAUUCUGGAAAGCA